AUGGACAAGACGUUAUCUCAUGCGCCCUUGAACAACGAGCUGCAGAGCAGGCUUACUUCUCUCUACAACAUUCCUCAAUGGCUGUGGGAAGCUCAAGCCAAAGACAAGGACUACAACGGGUUCUUUUAUGGUGCACAUACAGGGCACGAGAGCCAUACCUCCAUUUUCCGUUUCAUGAUCAAGUAUGUCACUGGAGAGACUCGCACGGCUGAGAGUGUCCUUCCGGAGAUCCGCUACCGAUGGCACAUUUUAACAUUCGUGUCCUACUGGAAGACCGAAGGCACUGUAAGAUUGCUCUGCUUGUUUCCAAAAGAAGACUUCUCAGGCUAUGCCAGUCUAAGAGGGGACAUGAAGCAGGCGUUCGAAGAGACCUCUACGGACACAUUGUCAUCACAUCCCUUUGCUGCCCAUCCGCUGGUGUUGAAACAGGUCACGCGUCUCUACGAUCAAGCUAUUCGGCAAUUCCGAGGUUACGUUCGCGAAACUGAGGAGCAUCGCCCGUCGAUCGAAAAGCCACAUACGAACUACGUGGCUAUGCACGAGCUCGCCCGCCAUACCAUGCAUUGCUCCGAAGUCUUGGCUACGGCGCUGAACGUGAUGAAGAACAUGCUGGAAGAAUUCGACAGGGUAACGUCAACCUGCAAACUAGAACUGAAGCCCACGAGUUAUGAUCCAGGACCUGAGAUAAGGCACCGCAAUUCGGUGCUUCAGUUCAUGCACAAUCGCUCGCUUGCAAUCGAGGACCGCCUCCGCAACGAGAUCAACCUCGCGCUACACAUCACAUCGCAGCACGCCAACAAGCUCUCCGCCGAAAUCGCAGAAGCCGCCCGAGUCGACAGCAGAACGCAGAAGACGAUAAGCGUUCUUGGUCUCCUCUUCCUACCAGGAACAUUCAUCAGCGCUCUCUUCAGCAUGUCCUUCUUCAACUUCACCCAAGCAACAUCCACAUCUCCCGCCUCAUGGUCAAUGAGUCCCAAAUUCUGGAUCUACUGGGUCGUCGCAAUACCAAUCACAGCGCUCACAGUAGCGACAUGGUGGAUAUGGCAAAAGUCCCUCUUGACUCCCAACUCGAAUCUAUCAACCGGAAAAACGGUGCGCCGUUGUCCUACCCCAUCCCAUGCAUACAACACUAGCAAGGUCUGA